AUGCACACCUCCGUCUACACUGGGUUGCUUUGCACCCUGGCCGCCCCUGCCCUGGGCGCCGUCUGGGAAAAAGCGGCCGGCGGGGUUCCUAGUGCCUGGUCCCUUGUUGAUAAGCCCUCUGCCGACUCGACAAUGGCACUUUCCAUUGCCUUGAGCCGUCAGAAUCUGGAUCAGCUAGAGAGCAAGUUGGCCAAGGUGUCAACCCCCGGCAAAGCCGAGUACGGCCAAUGGCUGGAGAAGAGCGACGUUGACUCGGUAUUCCCCGUCGUUGACGACGCUCCUGUCGUGGAAUGGUUGAAGAGUGCGGGUAUCUCCAACGUUGCUCGUGAAGGAGCUCUGCUCAAGUUCUCCGGUUCUGUGGAGACAGUCAACAAACUGCUUGACACGGAUUUCGCCUACUAUAAGAAUGGUGACUCAACGAAGCUUCGUACCACGGAGUACUCCAUUCCCGAUCAUCUGAAGGAUCAUAUCGCCGUGAUCUCGCCCACUGUCUACUUUGGCAAGACCCGCAAAGCUGCUCCUGCACCCUCGCUGUCUCGGAAGGAGGCUCGCGAAGCAUCCUCCGUCGAUGUCUCGCCUUCAUGCUCGAAAAUGCUUACCCCUUCAUGCCUGAAAGAAAUGUACAACGUCGGUGACUAUACGCCCCAGCCCGAGGCUGGCAGUCGUAUUGGCUUCGGAAGCUUCCUCAACCAGUCUGCUUCCUACUCGGACCUGGCAAAAUAUGAAGCCAUUUUCGACAUUCCUAGCCAGACUUUCACUGUCGAGCUCAUUAACGGCGGUGUCAACAACCAGUCAGCUCCAAUGGCAGAUAUUGACGAGUCCAACAUGGAUGUGCAGCUGAUCGUCGGUGUUUCCCACCCUCUUCCCGUCGUUGAAUUCAUCACCGGAGGCGUUGCCCCCUUCCUCCCCGAUGCUGAUGAGCCCACUGCAUCCGAUGACUCUAACGAGCCGUAUAUGCCCUACUAUGAGUACCUGCUCUCAAAGCCCAACUCCGAGCUGCCUCAAGUCAUCUCCAACUCUUAUGGUGAUGAUGAACAGACGGUCCCUGAGAGGUAUGCCAGGCUUGUCUGUGACCUGAUCGGCUUGAACACCCUCCGCGGUCUGACCAUCAUUCACUCCUCCGGCGACGAAGGUGUCGGCUCUGCCUGCCAGGCUAGCGAUGGUGUGACUCCCCAGUUCAACCCCAUUUUCCCGGCUACCUGCCCCUACGUCACCGCUGUGGGAGGAACCGCAGACAUCAGCCCCGAAUCUGCCUGGAAUGCCUCAUCCGGUGGUUUCUCCUACUACUUCCCGCGCGCCUGGUACCAAUGGCCCGCCAUUGAGGAGUACCUGGGCCAAGUCAGCGAUGAAACCAUGGAGUACUACUCGCAGUAUACCGACUUUGGAGGCCGUGGAUUCCCCGAUGUCUCCUCCCACAGCUUGUACCCCUUGCACGAAGUGGUCUUAGCUGGCCAGAUCUACGGGGAUGGAGGAACAUCUGCUGCCGCGCCCACCUUCGCCGCUAUUGUUGGUCUUCUUAACGAUGCCCGGCUGCGUGCCGGCCUGCCUACCCUCGGCUUCCUGAACCCGUUCCUGUAUUUCAGCGGAUACACGGCACUGAAUGAUAUCACUACCGGUGGCUCCUUCGGAUGUGGUGGAAUUGACCCUCAGAGCGAUUUGCCGGUUCCUGGCGCUUUGGUUAUCCCCGGUGCGCACUGGAAUGCUACCGAGGGCUGGGAUCCAGUUACUGGACUGGGUACUCCUAACUUCCAGAAGUUGAUGGACUUGGUCUUGUCUUUCUAG